AGUCAUCACAAAAAGGUAUACAGUCCUAAUAUAUCAUUCAUCAUGAUUCAAGUUCUAACAGCCAUUCUGCUUUUCAUCUUCUCAUAUGCUUUGUGGGUUGUUUACAAUAACUACUUGUCAACAACCAAAUUAGCCAAUCUCCCACCAGGAAGCUAUGGAUGGCCGUUUAUCGGAGAAUCUCUGGCACUACUUCGAGCAGGCUGGGAUGGAGAACCAGAAAGAUUUUUUCAAGAACGUAUCAAGAAACACGGCAAUCCUUUAGUGUUUAAGACGUCUAUAUUUGGCGACCGUAUGGCUGUGUUUUAUGGUCCUGCAGGUAAUAAGUUUUUAUUUGGGAACGAAAACAAGUUGGUCGCAGCUUGGUGGCCGACUUCAGUAAGGAAAAUUUUUGGUAAAUGUUUGGUUACAAUUCGUGGUGACGAAGCCAAGUGGAUGAGGAAGAUGCUGUUAUCGUAUCUUGGUCCUGAUGCAUUCGCUAGUCAUUAUGCUGCUACUAUGGAUGUUGUCACACGUAGCCAUAUCGAAACUCACUGGAGAGGCAAGGAAGAGGUGAACGUAUACCAAACGGUUAGGUUAUACGCAUUUGAGCUGGCGUGUCGGUUAUUUCUUAGUCUGGAGGAUCCAAACCACAUUGCAACACUUGGUUCCCUGUUUGACGUCUUCUUGAAAGGGGUCAUCGCACUUCCUAUAGAUUUCCCUGGCACACCAUUUUAUUGCUCAAAAAAAGCAGCGGCCUCUAUUAGAACCGAACUUAUGACUCUUAUCAAAGAAAGAAGAGUAGCCCUAGAAGAAGGAAAGGCGUCAUCCUCACAAGACCUCCUCUCACAUUUGCUUACAUCUUCAGAUGAGAAUGGCAGGUAUUUGACCGAGUGGGAAAUUGCAAACAACAUCUUGUUACUACUCUUUGCCGGUCAUGAUACAUCCACUUGUUCUAUUACGUUGAUCAUGAAAAGACUUGGCGAACACCCUAAUGUUUAUGACAAGGUGUUGAAUGAGCAAUUGGAGAUCUCUAAGAACAAAGAAGCAGGGGAAAUGCUAAAAUGGGAAGACAUUCAAAAAAUGAAAUAUACUUGGAAUGUUGUAUCUGAAGUCAUGAGAUUAAAUCCACCCAUUCCCGGAUCCUUUAGAGAAGCGCUGGUGGAUUUCGAGUAUGCAGGCUAUACGAUACCCAAGGGGUGGAAGUUAUAUUGGAGUGCUACAUCGACUCAUAAAGAUGAAGGUAACUUUGAUGACGUGACAAAAUUUGAUCCAUCAAGGUUUGAAGAUUCAGGGCCGACUCCAUAUACAUAUGUACCAUUUGGAGGUGGCCCAAGGAUGUGUUUAGGGAAAGAGUUUUCAAGACUAGAAGUUCUUGUGUUCAUUCACAACAUCGUCACCAAUCUUAAAUGGGACUUGUUGAUACCUGAUGAAAAAAUAGUAUAUGACCAAAUGCCUAUUCCAGAGAAAGGGCUUCCAGUUCGUCUCCAUUAUCGUCAAGUUUGA